ACCCCCCUCCCCUGUUGUUUGAUGCUGGCCAAUGUCGUUGUAUCGCUGAGCUACUUGGGGCUACCAGCCAUACUUUAUGACCUUUUCAUUUGAUAUCCACUGUUUGCAGGCUUCUCCCUCUCUUCCCAUCGACUCGCGUACCUCCAAAACAUGGCGGCCCUGAAAGCGGUUAGCAGAGUAGAGAAAGCACUCCUCGCAAGUCUCCGCAGAACCAAAUUAAACUUGGCUAGCCAGCAGUUCAGAAAGACUUGUGGCUGCUACUUUUCCACCUCUAAUUAUAGAGGUUCAAAGUUCUACUCAGAUCCCGCUGAGGCAGUGAAAGACAUCCCUGAUGGAGCUACCGUUCUGGUUGGAGGUUUUGGAUUAUGUGGCAUUCCAGAGAAUUUGAUCAACAGUUUACUGAAGGUCGGAGUCAAAGGCCUCACUGCUGUCAGUAAUAAUGCAGGUGUGGACAACUUUGGCCUGGGCUUGCUGCUGCAGACGAAGCAGAUCAAGAGGAUGAUCUCCUCUUAUGUUGGAGAAAAUGCAGAGUUUGAGAGGCAGUAUUUGUCUGGAGAGUUGGAAGUGGAGCUAACACCACAGGGUACUCUUGCAGAGAGGAUCAGAGCAGGAGGUGCUGGGAUCCCAGCCUUCUUCACAGCCACCGGCUAUGGCACGCUGAUCCAAGAGGGAGGCUCUCCUAUUAAAUAUAACAAAGAUGGCAGCAUUGCCAUUGCCAGUGAACAGAGAGAGGUGCGGGAUUUCAACGGCAGGCACUACAUCAUGGAAAAAGCCAUCACUGGAGAUUUUGCCCUGAUCAAGGCUUGGAAAGCUGACAAAGCAGGAAACGUUGUCUUUAGGAAAACAGCCAGAAACUUCAACCAGCCCAUGUGCAAAGCAGCCAAAACCACAAUUGUUGAGGUGGAAGAGGUGGUGGACAUUGGGACAUUUGCUGCAGAGGACAUCCACAUACCAAGUAUCUAUGUCCACAGGAUUGUUCAGGGAAACAGCUAUGAGAAAAGGAUUGAGAAACGCACAGUAAGAAAAGGACAAGAAGAGAAGCCAAAGCCAAAGAAGGAUUCAGACGUUGUUCGGGAAAGAAUCAUCCGCAGGGCUGCUCUGGAGUUCGAAGAUGGGAUGUAUGCUAACCUUGGUAUUGGUAUCCCAAUGCUGGCCAGCAACUUCAUAAAGCCAGACAUCACUGUACAUCUCCAAAGUGAAAAUGGAAUUUUGGGACUGGGGCCGUACCCUGCUGAGAAUGAAGUGGAUGCAGACCUGAUUAACGCUGGGAAGGAGACUGUAACUGUGCUGCCAGGGGCUGCCUAUUUCUCCAGUGAUGAAUCAUUUGCCAUGAUCCGAGGGGGUCACAUCAACCUGACGAUGCUGGGAGCCAUGCAGGUGUCGAAACACGGAGAUCUGGCUAACUGGAUGAUCCCUGGUAAGAUGGUGAAGGGAAUGGGAGGAGCCAUGGAUUUGGUGGCUAGUGCAGGAACCAAGGUUGUGGUAACCAUGGAGCACUCCGCUAAGGGAGGAAAACACAAGAUAUUGGAGAAGUGCAGCCUGCCUUUGACGGGGAAACAAUGUGUGGAUCGAAUCAUCACAGAAAAGGCCGUGUUUGACGUGGAUAACGCAAAAGGUCUGACUCUGAUUGAAGUGUGGGAGGGGCUUACUCCUGAGGAUAUCAAGGCAUGCACAGGCACAGAUUUUGAGGUGUCUCCUAACCUGAGGCCCAUGCAGCAGAUUUAAAGGAGGUUGCAGUGAAGAUGUCCUUUGGGCUGCGUCACCUCAUAUCUGUGCUCAACAGCAGGUGAUCUAACAGCAUAGGUUAGGUCCAAAUGAGCUCUUGGAACACAAACGCUCCGUUCGGUUUCCUGGUAAUCAUCAUGCAUAUAUCAGAGGGAUUUACUCUGCAGCAGCAACAGCUACACGCACCAGUGGAAGCAAACAUUCAUGGUUUUCUUAUUGUGUCAUGUGAUAAUCACACCGUUAAGAAAAUACGUUUUACUGACGUGUGUGCAGCUAUUACCAAAUCAUCUGUUAGAUCAUCGCAAAUUUGAAAUACUCUGUAAGAUCAGUGUGAAUAUGGGGCUUUUUAAACGAUGCAAUAAAAUUAAAUCACAAUCACUGUACAUUUCCGUUUAUUUGAUCAAAAAAGGACUGAUUGUACAUCUUAGAAAACAGUUUGUAAAGUAGCUCAUUAAACGUCUGCUGCACCAUUACGCAUCUUUUGUGUAACGACAACUUUUGUUGUUAGAAAACUGAAGAAAAUGCAGUAUUGUUGGUCUGGCUAAGAUCUGUUUGUAAUCAUUAUUCCUACCAGAAUGUGAAUUCCUCUCUUCUCAGUAUCAUUCAGACACAAAAAAUAAGCCGUAGCCUUUUUAGUGACAUUUGUUUCCUUGUUUGUAUACAAAUGACAUAAACCUGGUCUGCAAAUCACAACAAAUCAAA